AUGGCCUCGAAUCCGGCGUCCAGGCGCAACUCGAUAUCCCACUGGCCCGAGAUUGACUUCUCGCGGCCUACAGCGCCGCCUCCAAAGCGAGUGAAGGAGGGAGUAAAGAUCUACGACUCGCCCAGUCCAGCGCCCUUCCUCGCUCAGAUCAACGUGUUCGACUUCCUCCUCCCCAAGUGCGAGGGGAUCAGUCCCAUGCCAACAUACUCGGGUGUCCUCCCCGCCAUACUCGAAGGAUCGAGGACAAUGUCAAGGCAAGAGUUGAGGGAUAUGAGCCUCCGCUUGGCUGCUGGGCUUGGGGCAUUGGGCGUGAAGAGCGGGGAUGUGGGGAUCGUGCGAGCGGAGGGGAUCGAGGGCAGCGUCGCGCUGUACGCGCUGCUCGCUGCUGGACUCGUGGCCAGUCCCUUGGUGCCGGAUGUGGACAUGGGACACCAGCUAGCCGACUCGCGGCCGAGUAUCGUCUUCGUCCCUCCGACCCUCCUGUCCACAUUCGAAACGACGAAUCAGCAGCUCGACCCCCGCAUCCCAGACGACAGAGUCAUUCUGCUCUCCCCGCCCAGCACCUCCUUCGACCUGCAGCCACAGCGCUAUCGAACGCUGUACGACGUCCUCGCCCCUCCAUCCGACCCGGUGUCGCUCAACGGCGCGGCCUCAAUGUCCCCGGCUUUGAGGCUGUAUACACCCGCCGGCCGCGCGGUCAUUCUGUCCCACCUAAAUGUGACUUCGCAACUCUCCUCUGCUCAACUAGAGCUCGGGCCGGGCGACGUCGCGCUCAUCGCUCCGGGAUCGCCGUUCAUCGCAUCCCUCAUCCCCCUAGCAUUAGGCGCGGCGGUCACGCACUCGAGCUCGAGCGCAAUCCUCACCUCGUUGGAGGACAGCGAAGCGACCCUCGCCUUCCUCCCACCACCGGCCAUCUCGGCUCUCCUCGCAAAACUGGCCUCGAGGGACGGGGAGGCGCGCGAACUCGGCCUGCGCUGCAUCAUCUCAACAGGCUCGCCCCUCCACUCCCUCGCUCGACGGGUGGAGCAUGCCUUGCCCUCUGUGCGUGUCCUUCCCGCGUACGCCACGGCCGAGACCGGUCUGGCGGUGAUGCACAACGACGAUCCGGACUCUACCGUCGGCACGCUCGCUGCAGGAUUACAGGCCCGCCUGGUGCAGAUGGACGGGAGCGACGCCCCGCUCGGCCCACUCGGCGGCAAGGGAGAAUUACUCCUCCGCGGCCCUAGUGUGUCGACUACGGGGCACUGGCACAGGACGGGCGACAUAGCUUCCGUUCGACACGGGCGCUGGAGCAUCCACGGCAAGAUUGCGAACCGCUUUUCCGUCGCUGGCACGCAGGUGUGUCCGGAACGGUUGGAGGCGCUGCUUCUCCGCCACCCACAUGUGCGCGAUGCGGCGGUCGCUGGGAGUGAGGAGGGCGUACGGGCGCAUCUUGUGCUGGACGCUGGAGGAGAGGGGCCAGAGGGGGUGGCCCAGCAUGUGAUGCGAUAUGUCCAGGGCCGCACGAGGAAGAGCAAGUGGGUGCGUGGAGUCGUCCUCGCCAGCGCUAUUCCGAGGACGAGCGCGGGGUUGGUCAGGCGCGGGGAGUUGGGUGCGGGGGAGGUUGUGCGGUAUGAGCCGUCGAGAUGGGCCCGCUUGUAG